AUGAUCAUUGGAAGAGGAAACGACGCAUCUAUCAACAGCGUGAAGUUUACCACUACCCACAAACUUAAACGGUCCAUCACCCACGAAUGGCAUGAUGAACUCGAAGAAAGUAUCAUCUUCGAUAAGUCAGAUACUCACGGUUUGGUCCUUCCUUACUAUGACUCUCUUGUCAUUACUUUACGUGUCUUUGAUACUGAUGUAAAACGUAUUAUGAUCGAUGACAGGAGCGGCACGUGCAUCAUCCGCCCUCGAGUCCUCACCCAAAUGAAGCUCGAGGUAAAGAUAGUGCCGCGUUGCAUCACGCUAACUGGCUUUAACAAUGCAGUUGAGCGGACAUAUAGAGAAAUCACGUUGCCCGUCCUGGCCGGUGGUGUUACUUUGGAAACCAUAUUCCACAUUAUGGACCAGGAUACGACGUACAAAGCUAUCAUAUGUCGACAUUAG